AAUCAAGAAGCACAACUGGUUAUAACUGAAUAGAAAGACGCGCUUCAAGUGAACUAAUGUAAGCUUAGCAAAUAGUAGGUUAUCAUAGCUAUAGAUUAGAAGUUGUAUAUAUUUGAAUUUUUAUACGGGUAUGAAAUGUACUGCAAAGAGAAUCAUCCACUGGGAAAUAUGGAGAACUCACAGAGUGAUAUAUGUCCUUGCCGCCGCUAUUACAAUAUGUCUAACGUGGAGAAAUAUGAUGAAAACUUCCUCGGUAAAUCCGACUCAACAAUUGAUAAUCCGGCAGGAAUUGAGACAGGAAAUAUCAUGGAUAAAAAACACCGUUCCUCCGAUGCAGAAAAAAACUGUUGUUCUUUUAAUUGCAAAUCAGAGAUCUGGAUCAACGUUUGUUGGUGAAAUCUUCAACCAAAAUCCUAAAGCGUUUUAUCUCUUCGAACCAUUAUUUCCAUUCACCAAGCAAUGUAAAUAUUUGGAAAUAGAAAGAGUGGAUUUGUUGAACGAUUUUCUACAAUGCAAUUUUGAUAACUUGAAACAAGCGUAUUUGAAAGCAUUUGCUAGAACUAAAUUUACUGAUAAGGAUGCAGAAUGUAUGAAAAACAACAUUUGUUUUGAAACUAGCCAUCAACCGUUGCUGAAAAACUAUGCAAAAAUAUGCGAGUAUGGGAAAGACGAGAACGUGGAUAAACAGACGCAAGAUGGAAACUUGAAGUUUGACCCAGAAUCUCCAGCAUGUGGUUAUCCUCUAAAUACGACAAUACUUGGGCAAAUAUGUAAAACAAGCGACAUAGUAGCAUAUAAAAUCAUUCGCCUAUGCACCAUCGAGAAUAUCGAAUUAAUUUAUAAGACUUUGCAAGAUAAAGGUGUUAAACUUUUUGUUGUUCAUCUCGUUCGAGAUCCAAGAGCAGUGGUUGCAUCAAGAGUAAAUUUGAAAGUGGAUGGAAUCCGACUUCAUAACGCUUCGGCGGAGACAAAUAUUUUGUGUGACAGAUACAACAGAAAUAUGAAAUAUGUCAGUCGACUAGAAGCAGAUUCCGGUUCAAAUAUAAUUUCGGAUGGAAGAUACCUGAGAAUUAGGCACGAAGACUUCACUGUAAAUCCAUUCGAAACUGCUGAAAAAAUAUACAGAUUUAUUGGGAAGCCGAAGAGCGAGGAAGUUGAAAGAUUCAUUUCAAAAUCCCACCAAAGUAUGAAUCGCAUUUUGGACAGGAUUAGGAGAGAAGACGAAAAGGCGCUUCUCGAAAAGAAAGAAAUAAGAAACUACACUAGAAGCAAAGAGAUUUUACAUCAAAUGAACAACCCGUUCGGAACAACAAGAGACGCAAAAGAAGUGUUGACAAAAUGGAGAAUAACUCUGCCGUAUUCUGUUGCUCAGCUUGUUCAAGAAAAAUGCGCAAAUGUUUUUGAAAUGCUUAGAUAUAAGAUGUUCAAUUCAAAACUUGAUAUGGUUAAUUUAACAAAGACAUAUUUUUAACAGAUUCGUCAAAAAUGAACAAAUGAUGAUAGUAUAGAAUAUAGAUAAUAAUAAUAUUAUGAAACUAUUUAGAUCUCGGCAUACUUGGAUGGCGCCUUUGUGCCAAGGUUCCUGUGACUGGGAUCUCUCUCUAUCUUUGAAUACGAAUAACAAUGAUGUCAGCAUUGUGCAUGUCCCAUUGUCUCUGCUAAAAACGAAAAUUCCUAUGUGUUUGAGUUUUGUAUUUAGAUGACCAUCAAGAUUUUUAUGAUUGAGACUUGGGGUAUUUAUAACUAUCUCAGGAGACAUGAAAUCCGAUUUGAUAUCAUAUAACCAACCAGUUCAGCUAUAGGAUAUGGAAAUAGUUGGAUCACCAAUUCUGUGCAUCGGCUUGACUAUAGCGGAGAGGUCAUAACCGAAUAGCAAUCGCUAUAUCACUAAUUUAUUUCUUGCGACAGCUCAUUCUCGCAAAACUACACUCUCGCAAUCAUUCAAUCUCGAAAUGCUCUACUUUCGCAUGAGUACGGUCCAGUUUGACAGUCUAUGUUCUUCUGUAUAAAAGAAGUAAUAUACUUCAUUAAAAUGAUUUUCCUGUAACGCUCGACAUUUUACAGAAAGUUUACCGAUUUAUCAUUGCUUCUUGUGUACUCGUCCAUUACCGACUUUUCAAUGGAAAUUGCGAAAGUUGCUGUCGCUCUCUCUGAGUGACCAACGCGCAUGGCACCAUUUCAGUAUUUACUGCUAAAUAAACACAGUUCGUUUUCCAACAAUCACU